AUGAGAUACGCCACUGCUAUCCUUUCCCUGGCUGCUCUUGCCGUUGCCCAAGAUUGCGUCUCUAGCUACGAUUCAUGUCUUCUUACCAAGGAUGAACCCACUUGCACCUCCGAGCUCGCUUCUUGCAAGAACGACUGUGCAGUCCAAAAUGAUAAAUGCAACCAGAGCGGUGCCGGAUCAGCUGUCUGCCAGAAGAGCUACAACUCUUGCUUGAACACCUUCCCCGUUGUCCCUGGUGGUUCGGACUGUGUUGCCAAGUACAUCAAGUGUGGUGAAUCCGGUCAAUCUGAAGCCAUCUGCAACGCCCAGAACGCUGUCUGCAAAGAUAGUUGCACCAACAUCAACAGCGCGUGCCUCUCGUCUGGUACUGCUGACGUUGCUGCAUGCACUGCGCAAUACAAUGCAUGCUACUACUCGACCUCGGAUGUCAUCACCCUUGACACCGUGGCCAAAUACCAGAACUGCCUUAAUGCUGGCACCAAUGUGACAACCUGCAACGCUGAACUCACCAAUUUCAAGGACGCAUGCACGACAAUCGGAGCGACUUGCCUCGUCUCUGGAUCUGCUGAUACCUCCUUCUGCAACUCACUGCAGGGCGCCUGCUACUACAACGGUACCCAAUGGACCAGACAGUCAUGCUCCGAUGCCUUCAAUGCCUGCACAAAGUCUGACUCGGAAUGUCGCGCAGAGCUGACAUCCUGCAAAGACUCUUGUAGCUCGAUCAGAGCUUCGUGUCAAACCAACCAGUUUGCCAAUGUCGAGACUUGCUCUUCGCUUGCUGCCACUUGCUACGGUAGUCAGAACGACCCCAUCACUGACCCCAACAUUCUCGUUGCUUCUGCCUCUUCUUCCGCCUCCAGCACUCUGAGCGCUGUUGUUGCCGCCAGCACUGGUGGCUACACUUACUCCAAUGGCACUACUGUUGGCAAGAACGCUACUACUACUCACACCCCUGUCGCUUACACCGGUGCUGCCUCCAAGACUGGUGUCUCAGCAGCUCUUGCCGGUGUUAUCGGUGUUGCUGCUUACCUUCUGUAA